AACAGGCAUGCACUAGCUCAUCAGACGUCGCAGCGAAAACACGUGUAUAUCUCUAUCGCUAUCUCACAUACAGCCACCAUGAGGAUACUCGCCGCUGCAAUCCUCUGUGCCAUCGCGGGGGCCGGCUUCGCCCAGCUGAACGAGCAGCCCAACCCGUGCGACCGCAAGUCCAGGGUCGUGGGAGACAUCACAUACUGCGACAGGUACUGGCAGUGCGUCGCCGGCACCCCGCAGCUCUACGACUGCCCCAACGGCCUUGUGUUCGUGGGCAGGAACCGUGGCAUCGCCGAGGGCUGCGAUUACCCCUGGCGCGGGGCCUACUGCGACAACAAGCAGCUUGCUAUAACUAACUCGACCCCCCCCCCACCUAACCCCCCCAUCUCCACCGAGCACUGCGACUGGCUCUACGGCAUCUUCGGGCACGAGACCUCCUGCACCCGCUACUGGACCUGCUGGAACGGCACCGCCACUGAGCAGUUCUGCAUCGGCGGCCUCCUCUACAACGAGGAGACUCACGCCUGCGACUGGCCCCAGAACGUCGCCGGAUGCCAGAAGCAUCCUCUCUGCAAGAACGAUGCCAAUGCCAACGUUGCCCUCGGCAAGUCCUGCGAGAGGUACUGGUCGUGCCAGGGAGGCUACCCCCGCCUGCAGCGCUGCCCCGCCACCCUCGUGUUCGACAAGCAGUCCCGCCGCUGCGUGAACCCCCCCACCACCGACUGCGACGUUCCCUCCACCACGCCCCAGCCCGAGACGGAAGAAGCAGGGCCAAUCCGCGCCAACAUCGCCCGCCCUCAGCGCCGCCGCCCCAGCGUGGAGGCCGAGCCCAUCCAGCAGGGAGGCCAGUUCAUCGACGCCCCCCUGCCGUCCGCCCUCCCCAACAGGCCCCCUCUGCCCUCGGGGAACAACUUCAGGGCGGCACCCAUCCCCGGCGCCAUCCCGCUCUAAGCGCCUGAGAAACCGCUCUCUCCGUUUCCCUCUUUCGCAAGGCAGCAGCUGGGUGGGGCUCGUGACUUUCCUCGCACCCGACGGGGAGCCGCGUGCCACCCACUUCAGUUCCUCUUCUCUGUGUAGAUGGAAUCAUUAGGGACACUAGGAUAUGCGCUCCUUCGAGAGGACAGGAGGCCGAGAGCCCCACUCCACGCAACCCAUGACCUGAGCACCCUUUUACUCCUCACAGCCCGGGUACAAACCCCCAACACCCAAAGAUUUUUGCGACGUCUAGCAGUGACGAAUGGCCCCCGAGUUGGCAACAUUGUGAUGGCUCGCACCCCUCCCCUUCCCCUU